GCACUGCACUGCGAAGCAGAAAGUCGCGAAUUUCGCAAAAAAUGAAAACAUCGGAACUGAAAACAGCGAUCAAUUUGCUUCCAUCCGCCGUGCUUUCAACAUCAUUGUGAAACGUUUAUGUACUCGGUGUCGUUUUCAUUCGUGGCCAUUGAUUUUCCUUUCUCUAGUGCUGGUACCGUGGCUUCCCGAAUGGGAUCACAGUGGAAAAGAGUAGUGAUGGGUGAUGGCUCGAGGAGAUGAAAUUCCGUCGGUCUAAGUUUAGAUUGUUUUCGCGUUGAGAUCCCACAGAGACUCGAGCGAUUGUUUCUAUGCUUGCGAUAUAAAGGAUAUGUAUGCAAAUGGCACCGUGGAGAGUGAUUGUGUGAGAUUUCGUCACUCCGGUGGCAGCUUCUAGUUUUGCCUAAUUUGAUUGUGAUUAUGUUUAGUUACGUGUGUUACAAUAGUAGCUGGAAUAUAAUAUUGUGUUUAUUUGUGUUAUCAAGGGCGUGUUACGUUUAGAGUGGCACGGUAAUAGUUGUGGCAAUAGUAUGGGAAACCGAUGUUUCCCAGCUGGUACCUAGCAGGUGUUGAUGUUAAUAAUAGCAUUGGAAGAAAAGCAAUAAACCUCACAAACGUAAGGCGGUGAAGUAAAGGUGUACUUGAUUUUCCUUUUCCUGCAGUACAUGGAGAAAGUGGUGGAACGACUACGGGGAAAAAUGUCACGCCGCAUUAACCUAAUCGGAGUGUGUGCCGUCAGCGGUCUGUGUAUUUUGCUGCUGUUCGCAAGCCACCGGUUCACUUCGAACAGCUAUGCAACCGAGUACUUCAAACCGCGGGAACGAAACGCCAAUCUGCGGCUACUGAAUGCACAUAAAUUUUAUGGAACAAAAUCCUUCAGCGCGGGAUCGUCCUAUGACACAAAUCCGGCAAUUCCGACGCCUCAAAAUUCCACAAUAACGAUCGAGGAUAUUCUUUCCUAUCAGCGCUCACGUAUAGCUGACGAGAUGAUCGAAUUCCAAUACCCGAACGGGUUGUACGACAAUGGAGCCACCAAACUGUCCGAUCUGACACCCGAAACAAAUGGCCAACCGGUACGCAGUAUUAUCGUCACCACGUGGCGAUCCGGGUCGACUUUUCUAGGGGACAUACUGAAUGCAAUGCCCGGAAAUUACUAUCACUACGAGCCGCUGCUGGACUUUGACAUUAUCCAGAUCCGGGGUCCACCGAACGAUCGGAUCGCCAUACACAACCUCAAGCAACUGCUCAAGUGCGAUUACACCGAGAUGGACAGUUAUCUCGAGUUUGGCAAGACGCAUAACUAUUUAUUCAGUCACAACACUCGCCUCUGGCGGCACUGCCGAUUGUUUCCACAGUUUUGCUACGAGCCAAAGUUCCUGGGGCCGUUUUGCAAGCUGUUCCCACUGCAGAGCAUGAAAGUGGUGCGCCUGAGGGCGUCACUCGUAACGCCACUGCUGGAGGACGAAAGGUAAGUGGCGCGAACAUAGCAUGUAGUAGUUUAUUUAUUUCUUUUUUGGCUCCAGCUACCGGGGCACUGCCGAAUCGAUACGCUUUGGUGGUGCAUUACACGUGGGGAAUGUUUUUGGGUCAC